AUGUCCUCUCCAAAACUCCGAAUUGCCAUCAUCGGUGCUGGCGCAAUUGGACCUCGCCACGCAAGAACCGUUGCAAACAGUAACGUCGCUAUUCUCACAGCCAUCGUCGACCCAGCACCAUCAGCCGCAAAACUAGCUUCUGAAUUAAACGUCCCACACUACUCGUCCAUCUCUGAUCUCCUUCAAUCUCCCGGCAAGCCUGAUGCUGCAAUCAUAUGCACACCGAAUUUCACUCAUGUUUCCCUAUCUAAAGAGCUAUCAGCCGGUGGAAUACACAUCCUCAUCGAAAAACCAAUCAGCACUGAUGUUGCCAGCGGCAAAGAGCUCGUGCAACAUCUGGAAGGGACGGGAGUGAAAGCCCUCGUGGGCCAUCACCGCAGAUUCAACCCGUAUAUGGUGGCUACAAAGAAGAUUGUUUCCUCGGGUUCACUUGGCCAACUAAUUGCUGUAAACGGUUUAUGGACCUUGUUUAAGCCUUUGGAGUACUUUGAUGCUCCAGCAGAAUGGCGGAGGGAUAAGACAGGCGGACCAAUCCUGAUCAACAUGAUUCACGAGGUAGAUCUUCUCCAUUACCUUUUUGGUCCACUUACGCGAGUCCACGCCGAAAAGACAAUCUCACAAAGAGGGUUCGAAGCAGAAGAAGGCGCAGCUCUUACACUUCGAUUCAAAUCCGGCAUGGUUGGAAGUUUUAUAAUUUCUGACCAUACUCCAUCUCCAUACAACUUUGAGUCAGGUACAGGAGAGAAUCCCGCAAUUCCAAAGACUGGACAAGACUUUUACAGGAUCUUUGGGACAGAUGGGUCUCUCAGCGUUCCAGAUAUGACGUUAUGGUCAUACAAGGGUAAAGACAAGAAGUCAUGGCAGUCGGAACUUACGCAGGAGCAGGAGGCUGUUCCUCCACGAGUACCCUUUGAUGAUCAGCUGGAACAUUUUGUGAAGGUGGUCAGAGGGGAGGAAACACCUAGUUGUACAGCGAGUGCUGGACUUGCCGCUCUUUUGGUUUGCGAUGCUAUCAAGGAGGCUCUGGCUGCGAACAAGACGGUAGAUAUUGAAGAUUACGAUUUGUCACAGUAG